CACAUCACACUGCGUACUAGCGUUGCCCGAUCCUGAUCACGCCUGAAAGAUGCGUGCCGCAGCCGUGCAAUGGGACCUAUCUAGCAUGGGACUGGAAGAGCUGCUUUCUGAGGGCACGAUAUUCUUUCUGGCGAAGGUGCUAGCGGCCGCCAGCGUGGUGGCCUUCGGCCCCGCUUUGGUCCUGGAGUACGUGCCCACAUCCAAGGUCGACGUCCGGGAUGUGUCCAGUGCAGGUUCCCAAGCGGGACGGAUCCAGCGCCUCCUGCUCGCGUUCGCGGGGGGCGGGCUCAUGGCUGAGGCCGCCCUCCACCUCCUCCCCCACCUCUUCCUGCCCAAGCACGACCACGAUGAUCAUGGCCACGAGAGCCUAGCCGACGCGUGCACUCUCAUCGCAGUGGGCUUCCUGGCGGCGUUCGCGAUCGACCGGUUUGUCGGGGUCCGCCAGCAACGGCAGCACGGUGCGGCGGAGGCGGCGGCGGCGCCGCCUGAAGAGGGGAAAGAGGAGGCCGCCGCGGGUAACAAAGAGGAGGCCGCCGCGGUUACCGCCGCCGCCGUCUUGGGCGACAGCGGGGAGGCCGUCCCUGCCGGCGAGACCACCGACGCUAAUAGCGAGGGCCAACAAGAAGACGACGAGCAGCAGCAACGAAAACAGGGAGGAGGAGGAGGAGGAGGAGGAGAAGGAGGAGGAGGAGGAGGUGGAGGAGGAGAAGAAGAAGAACCGGAGGAUUCGACCCGCGAGCUGCUGGAGUAUUCGAGCGCCAGCGUCGAGGACGAGGGGAGCGCGGCCGAGGCCAUGCUCGCCUCCGCGUGCAUAUCGCAGACCCCAGAGAAGAGGGUGAGUACUGCCUCCUCGGAGUCCUGCCGACCCGGAGCGCCCGAAGUCGCGGAGCUCUUCCCGGAAGUUGCCUCGUCGUCAGACUCGGCUGUGGCGGCGCCGUCGUCUCCGGAGCUGACGCUGUACGGGAACCCGAAGGAUGCUGCCACCGGGCAAGAGGAGUCGCCGGCAGAUGCCGCGGUUUCGAAAGGACACGCCGUCCUGGUGAGGGGCGGUAGGGGCGACGCAGCCUGCAUUAAGGGCGACCACCACCAAUACCACCACGACCACGGACCGGCUGAUGCUGGGGCGUACGUGACGCUGGCGGUGGACUUCUUGCACAACCUCAUCGAUGGGAUCGGGAUUGGUGCGGCGUACGCAGUGGGGGGCGACGCGGUGGGGCACGCAACUGCUGCUCUGAAGCUGGUGCACGAGGUGCAGCACGAGAUCGGCGACGUAGCGACGCUAGUCCAGUGCGGCAUGAGCAAGCACCACGCGAUCCACAUCCAGCACACCACCGCGGCUGGCGUGUUUCUCGGGGUGGCCAUCAGCCUGGGGGCCGGCGCGUUCCCCGAGGGCCUCCUCGCCGCCUGCCUCGCCCUGUCCGCCGGAGCGACUUUUCACCUCGCUUCCGGACCGGUCCUCGGACCGGUCCUCGCCAUCCCGGCGGACGUCGGCGGACCCGUCCAGGGUGUCCUAGAGGUGGCGGCGUUGGCCGCCGGGGCGGCGGGGGUGGUGGCGAUCGGCCUGGCCGAAGGGUGGGCCGGGAUAGGCCACUAGAGUGGACGCUCUGCCGCCAAAGAAUAAGCUCUGUCUUUAUGGGAUUCUCACUGGCGAGUUGGAUUGUAUCCCAAGGGUUUGUUUGCCUCUUCUACGGAACGUUGGGGGGAGGGCUGUUUAUUGAACGGAAGGGGGGUGGGUUCGACACUGCUUCGCUCGACGUGUUUGGUUGGAGUGGUAGUACACUGUUUUGUGCAAUGAAGAGGGGGGGGCGGGCGAUGGGAUAUUUGGUUGGAAGAGGAACUUGGUGCAGCGACCACAUGCGCGGCUCGCGGCAGCGGCUGCUCAGCGGGGUCGGGGUAAGCGAAGCGGGGGUAAAUUCGGAGGCAAGAACGGAGAAGGGGGCACGCGGAUGGACAGGUGAAGGGCCCCCGGUCACGAACGGGAGAUAUUUUGCUACAGGAAAAUCUCUUGUAUGUAGAUUAAAUUUUUGUACAUUAUUUUAUGGGGCACACAAAACAGUACCAGGGGAAAUGGGGAAGGUUGAGGGUGGGGUCGGGGUUGGGGUUGGGGAGCCGGGGCGAGCAAAACAGGCGAGGCAGAAGCACGUAGAGAUUGGAGGGGGAUAGGAGAAGGUCGUCUGAACGGCUACUUUCCUGAUGCGGUGCUCGCUUACCCCUCAGGUACAUGAUGGACGAAGGAAAACUUAGGCAGCUCUCGUAGUCUCUUAAAACAACGGAGAUCAUUUUUUCGUUUCUUGAUUCCCCCAUAACGGGAGAGUUCAGCAGAGAACGUUCUGCGUUAGCGCGGUAUGAGAGGGGACAGGAGGGGACGAGGCUGCUCAGAGAUGCGUCUCGGUGUGCAUGUAACGAACUUCUCCUCUUUCCCGUGUUGUCGUCUCAAGGGCAGCAGAAGGUCGCACUACACCUGUGCGGUGUUGGGCAAAGAAUCGCCUCCACCUCCAUGAAGGCCUCCUGCCCGCGGCGCACCUGCCUGCUUUUAUUUUCAGUUUUCGAGACGUACGUAUGUAUAUCCGUGUUCUUUCCUGGCGUCUCUCGCUCCUGUCUGUGUGAAAGCCGCUGCAUAACAGAGGUACGUGCGCGCAGUAAAUUUUGUGUUACGGUAGUGGAGGACCCUCAAUGACGCCGGUAUGUGCCUGGAGCAGCGAGUGACGCUGUUCAGAUGGACCCGCGAUGUACAGAAUGACGUGGUGACUCAGUGUGUGGUGUCCAGCAAUUUCACCAGCGCUAUCUAGGCCACCGGCGCUAAUCAGCCGGCGUUGUUGACGCCCCACCAUUGUAUAGAAAUAUCCUUUACAAAAUUCGUCGCUUGUAUCUGACGCCCUGAUUUAUUUCGGGUUUACUGCUGGUGGAAUGCAUCUUGUCCCCGGAGAGACAGGCGAGCGUUGUGCCUGGUUUUGGGCUCGAUCACAUUGGCUGUGAGCAAGACCACAUGUUGGGCGCAAGAAUAGCAAGAUUUACGUGUAUUAGGGAGCGUGUUCCGGGGAUCUGAUGGAUGACGAGAAGGAAGAUGCUCGCGCGCCGCCUUGCUGCAGUCCUUGCGGUCUAAUGGG